GCUAACGCCAAAGCUAAAGCGAAAGCGAUCCCUCCCCCCCACCCACCCCAAGUUCUUAAGGCGCGUAGCCCUUCCUUCUCCUGGGAUCUCCUCCUAUUGAGAUCGCUGCUGCGCUCUGCUGUUAUUGAUCCUUCGAUGGCCCAGGAGACGCUGGUGUUGGUGGUUUUGCCCUUCUUGUGAGACCUUGCAGGUCUCUCCUGGUUGGGUGGGAGGGAGGGGGCGGGACAUGGAAGGAGAGAAGGGUGAGGAAUUCGGCAUCGGAAUCGGAGCGAGAGGUGAUGGGUGCUGCCACUGCGUGAUCAUCAGCGGGUUUUACUGCUGGGACUGGGAGUUCUUGACGGCUCUCCUCCUCUUCUCGCGCCACUAAUCAUCUUGUUUUCAUCCAGUUUUCUUCUUCUUCCCUUUUUUUUCGAAGACAAAGUGAAAAAAAGGAAGAAGGAGAUCUGUUAGAUUUUGUUUGUUUGUUUAGUGGGGGAUUAAGAAAACGAGGGGAUGGCUGCACCAAAAAAUGGUCAACAGAAUAAUAGUAGUAGUAGUAGUAAUAAUGGGGGGAAGGAUAGGAGUCCGGGAGGGCCGGCGCCGUUCUUGACGAAGACGCACGAGAUGGUCGAGGACAGGAGGACGGACGAGGUGAUAUCGUGGGGGGAGAACGGAAGGUCGUUCGUGGUGUGGAGGCCGGUGGAGUUCGCAAGGGAUCUCCUUCCGGUCCAGUUCAAGCACAACAACUUCUCCAGCUUCGUCCGCCAGCUCAACACCUACGGCUUCCGCAAGGUUGUGCCGGACCGGUGGGAGUUCGCGAACGAGAAUUUCCGGCAAGGGGAGCGAAGGCUUCUAUGCGAGAUCCGCCGAAGAAAGGCUGCGCCGCCGCAGCCCCCGCUGGCAGGAAAAACCAACGCCGGCCUCGGGCACCACCCUUGUCUAGCUUCGUCAACCUCCAACUCCGGCGAAGUCCACAGCUCCUCCUCCACCUCCUCCACUCCGCCGCCACCAACGCUUCCACCGCAACAGCUUCUGGACCUGAUCAACGAGAACGAGAAGAUCAAGAAGGAUAAUAAGAUACUGAGACGUGAGCUGGCAAAAUCCAGGCAGCACUGCCGAGAUCUCUUUGGCUUCCUCUCGAAAUUCAUCCACGUCGACGAGCUCGACAUUUCUCUUUUAAUGCGGGAAAAGGGACUGACAGAAGCAAGGAUAUGUAGAGAUGAAACAACGAAGAAAAAAGACGUGGAAGAGGAGGUGGGAAAGAAAGAAGAGGGUCUGAAGCUUUUCGGUGUCUUGCUGAAAGGUUUUGAGGGAAAAGAGAGAAAGAAGAGCAGGAGAGAGAAGAGGGGGCGGUGUGACGGAGUGGGAGAGGGGUAUGGGGCUGCGGAGAGACCCAUGAAGAUGGGCUUCGUGGCGCCGUGGAUGGGGCUGUCGACGCCUGUGCGUCAGGGAAGCAGCAAGGUCUGCGACUGAGAGACAUUUUAGUUGAUUGGUGAUAAUUCUAUGUCUAGGCAUGCCUGUAACAUGUAACAAGUAAAUGACUGUAUAAUAAUGUUGAGUUGUAGAGUAAUGGCAUAGAAGGUAGAGCUCAAGGAAUGCUCCAACAUUUUCUUCUCAAAGUUAAAAGGGAUGGAGUGUUUAAUGUAUGAGAUAGGGUGUGAAGUUGCACCACAUACUAGUGUUUAUCAGUUGUGUUUAUUGCAUAUAUAAAAUAAUCUCGUUUUAUUGGGUGUUUCUGAGGA